ACCGCUGGGCCAAGCCGUCUAGGAAGCCGCGGCGGGUCGCCCAGCUGGGGCAGUCGGAGUCCCGCCAGAGCGUCGGGAUUCAGCUCGGGUUGCCGGCGUGAUGCCUCUGUUCACUGCCAACCCGUUCGAGCAAGAUGUGGCAAUCCCCAGAGAGGCAGCUGUGAAAAUGUUCAGUCCCUUUGUGGCUUCCGACUGAUCGCAACAGGCAUGUGAAGGGCACUUCACUGCGCCUUCUCACACUCGGAGGAAGCUCGUGUUUCCCUGAGACAGAAGGAUAAUGCUCGCUCUACGCACCACCCUAUGCACAAGGGAUGAUGAAGUUCAGGUUAUAUGAGGACAGUACAAAGGUUGGCAGGUUGCAGAGUGGUCCAGGUGUGCAGGAAGAAGCAUGAAUCUCCUCCAUGGAAUGGGAGAAAAGGCUGUGGCACAAGCGUCCAUGUGAGCAUCCACCCAGCAAGAAAAAGCCACAAAUGAGUACAACACCACAGAAGACUGGAGUCUGAUCAUGGACAUCUGUGACAGGGUUGGAAGCACUCCCAGUGGAGCAAAAGAUUGCCUAAAAGCCAUAAUGAAAAGGGUAAACCAUAAGGUCCCUCACGUUGCUCUGCAGGCAUUGACCCUUCUUGGAGCUUGUGUGGCAAACUGUGGAAAGAUAUUUCAUUUAGAAGUAUGUUCCCGUGAUUUUGCAACGGAAGUACGUUCUGUGAUAAAAAAUAAGGCUCAUCCUAAAGUAUGUGAAAAACUAAAAUCUCUAAUGGUGGAAUGGUCAGAAGAAUUCCAGAAGGACCCCCAAUUUAGUCUGAUAUCUGCAACUAUUAAGUCUAUGAAAGAAGAAGGGGUUACUUUUCCUUCCGCAGGCUCCCAGACUGUCGCGGCUGCUGCCAAAAACGGGACAUCAUUGAACAAAAACAAAGAAGAUGAGGACAUAGCUAAAGCUAUUGAGUUAUCGUUGCAAGAGCAGAAGCAGCAGUACACGGAGACAAAGGCUUUGUACCCACCCGCAGAGAGUCAGCUCAAUAACAAGGCUGCACGGAGAGUCAGAGCUUUAUACGACUUUGAAGCUGUUGAGGACAACGAGCUCACCUUUAAACAUGGUGAGCUCAUUACUGUUUUGGAUGACAGUGACGCCAACUGGUGGCAAGGAGAAAAUCACAGAGGAACAGGACUCUUCCCCUCCAACUUUGUAACGACUGACUUAAGCACAGAGGUUGAGACAGCAACGGUGGACAAAUUGAAUGUAAUUGAUGAUGAUGUGGAGGAAAUUAAGAAAUCAGAACCUGAGCCUGUUUAUAUAGAUGAGGGUAAAAUGGAUAGAGCCCUGCAGAUUCUCCAGAGCAUAGAUCCAAAAGAGUCAAAACCCGACUCCCAAGACCUCUUGGACUUGGAAGAUGUUUGCCAACAGAUGGGUCCGAUGAUAGAUGAAAAACUUGAAGAGAUUGAUAGGAAGCAUUCAGAACUGUCUGAGUUGAACGUAAAGGUGCUGGAAGCCCUGGACCUGUACAAUAAGUUGGUGAAUGAAGCGCCUGUGUACUCGGUCUAUUCAAAGCUGCAUCCCGCACAUUACCCACCCGCAGCAGCUGGGGUUCCAGUGCAGACAUAUCCAGUCCAGUCGCAUGGUGGAAACUACCUGGGCCACGGCAUUCACCAAGUAUCUGUUGCCCAGAACUAUAACCUAGGACCUGAUCCUAUGGGCUCGCUGAGAUCUCUGCCUCCAAAUAUGAACUCGGUAACAGCACACACCGUCCAACCUCCAUACUUAAGCACUGGACAGGACACUGUCUCCAACCCUUCUUACAUGAACCAGAGCUCUCGUCUUCAGGCAGCUGCUGGUACAGCUGCUUACACACAGCCUGUGGGGAUGUCUACAGAUGUGUCUUCUUUCCAGAACACAGCAUCCGGUUUGCCUCAGCUGGCUGGCUUUCCAGUGGCAGUUCCUGCACCUGUCGCUGCACAGCCACAAGCAAGCUACCACCAGCAGCCUCUCCUGUAGAGACGCACCAGGACCUGCUGAACGGCUUUGUGGGUGUGCUGUUUAAUCUAGGGGAUUCUAAUCUGAAAUAUUAAAAGUUUCCCCUCUCAGUCAAAAAGAACCAUGAAUAAAUAAAGCACAAAACCCCACCUUACCCUGAAGGCCAUAAAAGGUUUUUUUUUCCAGUCCAGUUGGCUUGAAGUUGACCUUUUGGUCAAAGGCAGCUUGGAUGUUCUAAGUUAGUCGGGCUGAACUUUCUGGGCCCUUACUGAGUAGCCUUACGACACUACAUGAUAUGAGGUAGGAGUGUGGAAUUUUCUCUUUAAAGAACCCGUUGUUUCCUCUUAAGAUGUGAUUUUUGAGGAGCACUGAAGACCUUGAAACAUUUUUUGUCUGCACUUCCCCCACCCCUUGAAUUUCCCACACCCUGUUAUUUUAAAAGGCGAGCAUCUUUUAGUGCAAGCCUUUAGCUUGCCAGCAUAUUUCCUGUUGGCUCCUUAAAUUACAGUUGUGUUUGCAGUACUGUCAGGUUUGCUCUCAGUGUAAUGCUGAGUAGUAAUUAGCAGAUACUUGUCUACAGAAGCAAGAACAAUUUGGAAGGUACAAAAAUGGUUUCUGUCAUUACCAGUGAAAACCAUGUAAAUGCAAAUAUUGUGGAGCAGUUAGCCAGUCCUCUGACAGACGAGGGCCAGGGACUGCCCCAGGAGAUGUUAGCCUUCCCCAGAAAGGGCAUCCUCUCAUACUCGUGUCCCUGGUAUUUAGAAUUGUUUUCUAGUGUCUUUUGGUGGAUGUCUAAUGAAGGUGCUGUCCUUUGGAUUUCCUGCCUGCUACAUAUGCAGACACUGCACUUCCUUCUUAGGGAUUCUCAGUGAAUCUGAGCCAGGAGACACUCCCCAUAACCUGAUGUGAUAGGAACCAUCAUGGGUAUCAGUGUGAGGUGGGCGUUCCUUUCUUACAGAAAGCUGUCAUCGUGUGCCAUUGGGAAGGGAUUGUGUGUCCCCUAGAAGUAGUUGUGAGCCUUUGCAGGAGCAGCAGGCAGCGGUGUGGUGGCCACAGGCUGACAGGACAGCAGUCAGCUGCUUGUCUGAAGCUCCUGUCUUACGUUAGGUCUUAGUACAGUUCCACAUACUGUAAGAGUUGGUGGCAAACCCAAGGGAAUUUUCUCUUACAGCUUUGCACACUACUUUAUUAUAUCAGCUUUUUACACAACAUAAACUAGAAAACAUAGAUGCACAGGACUCGGAUCCAUGAUAUUUACACUGGGAAAUGUUCUAAAUGGGAUUUUUUAAAAUUUAAAAUUUUUGCAUGAAUGCACUUCUGUAUAUUUUUUUAAGCCCUUAAACUUUAUUAAAAAUCCAUUGUGAGACAAUUUGGAAAUCUUAUCGUUUAUCUGUUUACGAUACUUGGUUAUAAGUAUGUUUUUUUUCCAAAGAAACUGUAUUCUAGAACCUACUACUGCAUAAAAUAGCCAGCACAGAAGAGAGCGUGGGCCGUCCCUGCAAGCCUGUAUCUUGUCAGUGUCUGGUUGUCAGAUGCAGGACCCUGGAAGGCUUUUCAGUCCUUAGCCCUCACCUUCUGUGUUUCACACGGCCUUCUCCCUUCAGCUGGACUCAUUGAGUCCUUACAAGGAUGGAGUGCGUGCAAAAUGGUACCUUACUGUUUCUAGAACAGCCUUCUGCUCUUCAAAGAUUAAGUAAAUAAAUGUAAAAGUCCAGAGCUGCCCUUGAUAACGUUUGUGUAGAGGAAUGCGUCUUCCCUGCCCUUCCAAACUGUGUUUAAUAAGCUCAUGCUAGUGUUUGUGCAUUUCAUGUUCAGUUAUUGUCUAAAUUAUAAAAGCUUUAUUUAGUCAGUGUAAAUACUGCGUUCUCAUUAAGUGGGGACCAGCCAUUGAAGCUUAGCCGUUUUGGAAUACUAAAAUAUGCCACAUGACCUGUAUAUAAAUAGUGUAUAUUAGUGUCUGUGAAGUUUAAUAUAUGUAGAAAUUUCUUCCUCCUACAUUUUAUUUUUUUCCAUUCAUAAAUUUGUGUUGCAGAGUUAUUGUUAGCCUAAAAUAUUAAAUCUGUAUUGAUCUGAUUUCAGUAUUAAUACGAUAUGUAAAGAUAUAUAUUUUCCCAUGAUCCAGUUGAACUGUACUUAUUUUAAGAUGUUUGUAGCUAUUUAUUUUCAGCCAAAGGAAUAGUUUACCUUCAGAUUUCUACAUUGGGUUCAUAUUUAAUGUUUUCUAACAAAAAUUUUUGAAUUUCAUUUUUCAUAUAAAUCUUGAUAUAUUAGAAAAUUCUUAAAAAUAUAUAGAAUUUUAUAGUAUAAAACAUUUCCUUGGGUGUUAAGUGGAGUAUGUUUGAAAAGUCAACAGUCAGCCAAUGUUGUCUUUUUAUUUGGUAAUUUGCUUACAAAAUUACCUACACAUUAUCUUUUUGCUUAGCAUUUAAAUAUGUAUUUCCAUUAUGCUAUUUCAAGUACUUGAUUUUUGACUAAUGAUUGUACUGUAUACUGAAGAUGAUAAUAAAGUUUCAUCCACAUUUUGAAAAA